UGAAUUCCUACAAAGAAAAAACUGAAAAUAGUUUGUGUGAUUGAAAUAAGUGAUUGUAGUUGGAACCCCACCCAGUGAACAAUGGGUGGCUGCCGGUGCACCUUCCGGCAGUGUGACAACAGCACCAGUAGCAAGCCGGGAAUGCAUUUUUUCCACUUUCCCAUCCGGGACUGGCCGCGGUUGGAAAUAUGGGCCCGAAACGCCAACAAGCCCGAUUUCCCCGAAUUGCCGUUAAGUAAGCUUAAGAACAAAGUCGUCUGCCAGGAUCACUUUGAGAACCGGAUGUUCAUGAACUAUCUCAAGGAAGGGCUGGUUAAGACGGCCGUUCCGGCGCUGGAGAUUUUGGAGGACGGGUCCGUUUUGAACGUGGAGACCAAUCAGGUGAGCGAGCGGGAAGAGUGGCUCAUACCGGAGAAGGACGAUGCCGCUGGGGAUUCGAUGGAGCCUCCGAUGGAACAACCGGAAACCACCCGGAUGGAGAUACAAUUUGUAGAUUCAGAGCAUGAGGAGUUCAACAUAACUCCGGUCGUAAGCCCACCGCCUACACCGAAAAUCCUCAACAAAACUUCCGAAGCGGUGCCAGUGAGAGUGUCCAGAAACACCGAUGAAGCAAAUAAGACAAUUCUACGUACACCUUCAACCAAUGUCGUUUUGCGUAAAGUUUUUGUCAAACGGAAGCGCAAACCUUCAUCGGAAGAUUCUCCGAGCAAAUCGAAAAUGCAGAUUGUUUCCGUUCAACGACUUACAAAGGUCUCCCCGAAGGAAGAAGCCUUCGCUCAGGAGGAAGCUCCCUCGGCGGCCACUCCAUCAUCGUCAACAGAUGUAGCACAGGAAACACCCGUUCCGGAAAACCCGGUUCAACCGUCUAGCACUCCGUCAGCAGUUCUUUCUCCUCCUCCAGUUCCUGCAGCUCCUCCUGCUCCAGUAAUGCCAACCAUCAAGAUCAUCACCGAUCCGGCCUACAUUGAGAAAUUAAACCAAACGUCGGCCCAAAUUGCCGAGGUGAAGCAACUUCUCACCGAUGUCCUGAACAAACCUGUUCCGGAGCCGAAGGUGAUAACCGUUCCGGUUCCAACACCGGUUCCUGCCCCUGCCCAACCUCAACAACCCCCUGCAAAACAGGACGACGAAACCUGCCCGAAGAUGGAGAAGGGCGGCCCCCACAUGAACAAGGUCCAGCUCUUCAACGGAGUCAAACGGUAUCUGAAUCCGACGAUGGUGGCCCUGCUGCGGAUGGAGCUGUUUGCCGGCGCACCGGAACGGCAGUACAAGGCGGACGAGAAAACGUUGGCCGUCGAGUUGGUCAACCUGGGGGAGAACGUCUAUGGGCACUUUCUGGACGAGUUCCGGUUUCGACUGCCGGCCAAGAAGGACGCUCUCAAGUGGAAGGAGGAAGCCCUGGACGAUGACGAUGAUGCUUCGUGAAGGGCGUGGGGUAAGUAGUGGAUACAUAUAUUUUUUUGCUAUUACUGUCGCAUAUCGUGACAGGACCUUUUUUUAUCGGUCAUUUUAUUUUAUCAAUAUUGGUAAACGAAUAAAUUUCGGUUUCAAAGUGAAA